AUGUCUCGCGUCGCCGCCACCUCCGCAGCUAUCCAGCGUGAGGGCAUUCAGCGCAUUCUAGGGCUGUCAGAUGUAGACAAGUUCGACAUGGUCCUUUUCGAUGAGGCCUCGCAAGCUACUGAGGCGUCUUUGAUGCUGAUUCUGACCACGGAAUGGUUCCUGGACGUGGGCCUAGUUGUCUUGGGUGGCGACCAUCUCCAACUUCCGCCUGUCAUCAAGUCUAAGGGUGAGAACCCCUCCGGUAACAUUGCCGAGAUCUCGGCCCUUGAGCGCUCGAUCGAGAUCUAA